ACCGCCGCCCGCCCCCAGCACCGGUACCGCAGCAUCCCGGGCGUGCCGCCGCCGUCAAACGCUCCUGGCCCCGGGGCUGCUUCGCCGAGGCCUCGCUGUGUUUAGGGCCCCACCGGGAUCCCAUCGGCGCGGCCUCUGCGAGAGACACCGCUCGUCGCCAGCCAUGGACGGGGACAGGGUGGAGAUAGACGGCGGGAUCAUGGAGGGGGGCGGGCAGAUCCUGCGGGUGUCCACGGCGCUGAGCUGCCUACUGGGGCUGCCGCUGCGGGUGCGCCGGAUCCGAGCCGGGCGGAGCCAGCCCGGUCUCAGACCUCAGCAUCUGUCUGGAUUGGAGAUGAUUCGAGAUUUAUGUGAUGGGAAGCUGAAUGGUGGAGAAAUUGGCUCAACAGAAAUAACCUUCACUCCUGGGAAGAUCAAAGGUGGAACCCACAUAGCAGAUACAAAAACAGCAGGGAGUGUGUGCCUACUGAUGCAGGUAGCAAUGCCCUGUGUGCUGUUUGCUGCUUCUCCAUCAGAGCUUCAUUUAAAAGGUGGGACUAAUGCGGAGAUGGCUCCUCAGAUAGACUACACAGUCAUGGUUUUCAAGCCAAUAAUCGAAAAGUUCAAUUUCACAUUUAAUUGUGACAUAAAAAGGAGGGGCUACUAUCCUAAAGGAGGUGGUGAAGUUGUAGUCCAGAUGUCUCCAGUCAAAGAGCUGAGCCCAAUAAACUUAACAGAACGUGGCACAGUGACAAAGAUUUAUGGAAGGGCAUUUGUUGCUGGAGCACUGCCUAUCAAACUGGCAAAAGACAUGUCAGCAGCAGCAGUGAGAUGCAUCAGAAGAGAAAUCAGAGAUCUUUACAUUAACAUUCAGCCUGUCAGAGAACCUGAUGAUCAAGCUGUUGGGACUGGAAGUGGAAUAAUUAUUGUUGCAGAGACCUCAACGGGUUGUUUGUUAGCUGGGUCAUCACUUGGCAAGAGAGGAAAGAAUGCUGACAAGGUUGGCAUUGAAGCAGCAGAGAUGCUGCUUCAGAAUCUUAAACAUGGUGGAACUGUGGAUGAUUCUCUGCAAGACCAACUGAUCAUUUUUAUGGCAUUAGCAAAGGGAGUGUCUAGAGUGAAAAGUGGACCAAUUACACUUCAUACUCAAACAGCUAUACACUUUGCAGAGCAGCUAACAAAGGCCAAAUUUACUGUGACAAAAUCAGAAGAGGAAGACCCCGGUAAUGAUACCUACAUCAUUGAGUGCCAAGGAAUGGGGAUGAUAAACUCAAACUUACAGUGUUAAAAAAAAGAAAAGGCAGCAAGGUGCCAAAAGCAACACUCAACAUACCUCAGUGAUGUAUUGCACUACACUUCAUUGGAUGUAUGAUCUGCCUGAAGAGGAGGAGCCUUCUGUCACAUCAGAGGGAUUUAACCUGAAGGUUGAUGUCAGGCUUUUCCUUGGUAUGGUGAAAAUCUGUCAUGUGAAAAUGAAAACUUUACUUUAUUUUUUUUUACUAUUAGCAGCAAAAUGAGUAGCAACAGGACAGUAAAUAGCAUAUACUGUAUGUAUGCAAGAGCUUCAGUUAGAGGCUUUGAAUUUUACCUGAGUAGAAAAUAACUAUUUUAGUUCAGUAUUUCUUUCACUUUUAAAAACUGUAAGUUCUGUUCUCUAAAAACCUUUUUGUUAUGAGGUACAUGGAAUGAAGUGCACCUUUAAAUCUGUAUUGCUGUUCUUCCUUAGCCAUUUGCUAAAUAAUAAAGCAGUAUCACCCCAUAACAGGCUGGUAUUUAUAUUUGCUGGUAUCUCAGCAGGUUGUGCUUGGGAAAGGUGGAUACAAAAUAACAGUUUCUUUUUUUCCCUACAGAAAGAAGACUCAAUGCAUUAAGAUAAUCUUUUAAAUCUUAUUUUUUCAUGUAUUUUUUGAUAGAUGCUCAGGCAAGCUAGAUCAAUGUACCACAUUACAGCCCAGACUGUAUUGACUCCAUGAUAUGAUUUUAUUUCCUAGAUACAGUUGUCCUUGUCUCUUAGCAUACUAACUGAAGUUGCAUUUUCACUGAGGUGGUGUUCUUUUUGAAGGGAGUACUUAAUUUCAGCUGAGGUUAGGGUGGUGUUGAACACAUAUAUAGAUACAGUACCUAUGUGUAUGGACAUGGAGCACUGUAAAUACACACAAUUUGUGUAGGCAUUUAAAAUCCAGGUGUGUUAUCCCCUGCCUGGGCAUUAAGUAAAGAAGAGCUUCUACCUGGCUGAUGUUGAUCAUGCCAUAAAAACUUUCUCUGAAGUUGAAGGAAGGUGAAAGGAGAAAUAGUGCACAAUUGGUUUUGCAUAUGAAGACCCCAAUCACAGAGUUGGAAUCACUUAACCAAAACUGUAUAAAUGCACUCUGGAAGCUUGAAUUGAUUUCCAAGUUUCCCAACCGAUCCUGCAGCCAUUGUUCUAAGAUUUUUUUUCCUCAGUUGUGACUGUUGAAUCUAACUGCUAAAGAUGAAACUUGAGGUGUUGUUUGCUGUUCUAAUUAAGAUAAUUACUUACUUAAAGCAUUACUGUACCUUUCUAAUACCAGGAAAAACAUUUGCUAAUGUCCAAAAAGUUCACCAACUAUCUACUUAACAGUAUCUUUCUUCUUAGGGUUUUUCCCAUAGUGCAAAGGAAUGCUAUUAAUUUCCAACUAAUUGUUUUUCUCUAGUACUGGGAAUAGUCUGAAGGGGGCAAUAGUCACUCACUGAAGUAAUUUUGGGACACAGACUUGACAUCCUAUGAAGAACACCUCUCUGAGUUACUCAGCCAUGCUGUUAAUGAUUAUUUGUGUUUCCUUUUUUGAAGGAGUCUGAAUGUAUUAAAAAAAAAAAAAACUUGAAAGAAAAUCCCAAGGAAGUUGAUGUCUGUGCUUAAGAAAACAAGCUCUUAAAACCACA